AUGGAAGAAGUAAAAAAUGAAAUAAGAAGUUUAGCAUGUAUUAAUAAUAAUAAAUAUAUUGUUAGAUAUUAUGAUACAUGGAUUGAAAAAUUAACUGAAGAAGAUUAUGAAUGGGUCAAUAAACAAAAAACUGAAAAAGAUAAAGAAUUAUCAGAAGAAGAUGAUACUAAUUAUUUUAGUGAAGAAGAAAUUGAAUUUGAUGAAGUUUCAUGUCUUGAUCCAAAUGAAAUUGAAUGGGAAGAUUCACCAUAUAGUAAUGAUAGUGAAGAAUAUUUAAGUCAAAAUGAAGAAGAUAAUGAUAAUGAUAAUGAUAAUGAAGAAGAAUAUGAAUAUGAAUAUAUUGAAGAAAGUGAAACAAUAGAAAAUAAAGAAGAAGAAGAAGAAAAUGAAACAAUAGAAAAUAAAGAAGAAGAAGAAGAAAAUGUUAAUUUAACAAUAGUAGAAAAUAAAAUACAAGAUAAUCAAUCAGAAAAAUAUGUGAUUUGUAUUCAAAUGGAAUAUUGUACAGGAGGAGAUUUAAGUAAAAUUAUUAAAAAUAAAGAAUUACAUUAUAGUUCACAAGAAGGAAAAAAUAAAGUAAUGAAUUAUUUUAAACAAAUAGUUAUGGGAGUUUCAACAAUACAUCAACAUUGUAUUAUUCAUGGAGAUCUUAAACCAGGAAAUAUUUUAAAAGAAAAAGAUACUAUGAAAAUAGGAGAUUUUGGAUUAGCAAGAACAAAUACAGAUUAUAAAAGUAGAAUAGUUGGAACAAUUGGAUAUGCAGCACCAGAAAUAGUUACAGGGAAUUAUGAUAAUAAAAUAGAUAUUUAUAGUCUUGGAAUAAUUUUAUAUGAAAUGUGUUUAUCACCUACAACAAGAUCAGAAUUUAUAUAUAAUUUAGAUAAAUUAAAAAAUCAAAGAAAAAUUAAUGAAAUAGUUGAAAAACAAUAUCAAAUGUAUAAAGAUUUAAUACUAGAAAUGACAGAAAUAAAUCCAAAAGAUAGACCAACAAUAGAUGAAAUAAUAAAAAAAUUAACAAUACUUGAUGAAGAUCUUAAAAAAAUAUCAGAAAUACUUCCAUUUAUUCAAGAAAAAUCCAAUUUAUGGCCACAAUUAUCAGAAGCAAUUGAAAAUAAAAUGAAAGAAAAAAUAAAAGAUAUUGAAAAAGAAAAAAUAGAAGAAAUUGAAUUAACAACAACACAUUUAGAACUUAUUCGAAGUUUAACAGAAAUUCAUAUAUUAUAUGGAACAAAAACAAUAUUUAUUAAUCCAUUUAUACCAACAAAUUUAUUAAAAGAAAGUGGAAUAGAAUAUCAUGAAAUUCAAAGUCCAAUUUUAAUUAAUAAAGAAGGAGAAUUAAUGGUAAUAAUUAAUAAUUAUCAAGAAUUAGUUAAAAUUAUUAUUAAAGAAAUAAAAGAACCAAUAACAUCAUAUAUUAUUAGAAUUCCAACAGUAAAUUUACAUAUUACAAAAGAACCAACAGUAUCACCAUCACUUGUUUAUAUUAAUACAAGUAUUUCAAAUGAACAACAUCAAUUUAAUAUUAUAGAAUGUAUUACAUUAAUAGAAUCAAUAAUUAAUAUAUUUAUGAAUAAAAAUAAAUUACAUAUUAGUCAUAGUGGAAUUAAUGAAAUAAUUCAUAAUAAUAAAGAAAUUGAAGAAAUUAUGAUUAAAAAACCAAUACAAAGUUUAACAUCAAUAAAUAAAAUUAUUCAAAAAUAUAGAAAUGAAAAAUUUAAUUAUAUUAUUCCAAUAUUUAAUUAUUUAAAAGAAAAUGAAGAAAUAGUAUAUGAUCUUGGAAUUUUAGGAAAUAAUAUUCAAGGACUUUAUUUUGAAGUUAAAAAUGAAGAAGGAAAAAUAAGUUUAACAGGAGGUGAAACAAGAAUAAAAAAAGAUAAAAUUGAAAUUAAAACAAUUGGAUAUUGGAUUAAAAUUGAUAUUAUUUAUCAAAAUUUAGGUGAUAAAAAAACAUUAAUAACAAAAAGAAAAGUAUUAAUAAAAGGAAUAACUGAUAAAAUGAGUAAAGCAUCAAUAAAAAUAUAUUUAGAAUAUUUUGGAUUUAAUGUAAUAUUUAAAGAAAAUAUUAUAGAUUAUAAAGGAUGUUGGAUUAAAUUAAAUAUUCAUAAAGAUGAAAAAUAUGAUUUUUUUACAAAUAGUUUUUGGGAUAUUGGAGUAACAAUAAAUAUUUAUAUUGAUAAAGAUUUAAUAAGAAAAGAAAUUCUUCCAUUAGGAAAAGCUAUAAGAAGUAUGCAAAAAAAUUAUACAAAAAAAACUACUCCUAUAUUAAUUGCUGAUGAAAAAUUAGUAUCAAAUGAAAUUUGGGAAUGGAUUUUAUUACCAAAAGAAAAAUUUCAAAAAAGAAAAAAAACUAUUAUUUCUCAAAAUGGUUUAUCUUUUAUUAGAGAAUUAGAAGAAUUUAAAAAAAAUUUAAAAUCAAAAUGCAAAUUUAUAUUAAAAAGAGGAAAUGAUAAAAAAACAAUUACACAAUAA